UCUUUAUAAACAAACCAAAAAGUCUCCCUCUCUCUGUAACUAAAAGUCUCCACUCCUCGUUCUUUCUCUCUAGAUCUAUAGAUAACAUAAGAGAUAUAUACACUGAGUGAGAGAGUGUGAUGAAGAUAAGGUACUGGCGGAGGUCAAGAGGAUACGAAAGGCUUGACGGCUCGACUAAGAAGUCCAACUCGGAUCCGACCCGGAAGAGACGGUUUUGGAAGAGGAUCAACAUAGUGCGGAAGCUGAGGGUCUUGAAAAAGACGUCCCCUAAGAAGCUUCUAACGCGGCUUCGAGAUUCUUACGUCAAUAUGAUGGUGCGCCUCGCCAGUUCUCCGGCCAUAGGGUCUUCAUUCGCCUACGGUGAAUAUGGGUGCGGGUCGGGUUUAGCGAAGAAGGAGUAUGAUGAGAAGAAGCUGGUGGAGAUUUACAAAUCCAUGUUGAUGGCGCAGGGGACUCUGGUUCACCGCAAUGCACCUAAACCUUCCUCUGAUUCUAUUGCAUAUACUCUCACAGCUUAGGUAAUUACAUAUGUAUGUGGAUCAUCGAUGUUAAGAGUUGUGAUUGUAAUCUGUGUUAAACUUACAUUUCCUGAAACUAUAAAAUAAUAUAUAUAUUAAUCGGAUA